AUGUUAGCACAAGAACACUCCUGCGCUGAAAGGCGAGGCAACUACGCCUCUGUUGCAAGAGAGGAAAAUGAACAGGGUGACCAUCGAAAACUGUGGGCGCCGUUCUUUCUACGCCGUCCGAUCAUGAUCGUAUUUUUGUUCAGUUUCCUGUCACUUUUCGGCACACUCAUUGUGCUUUACGUGUACACACAACGCGAGGGUCGCAGUUUGGGAAUAAAGACGGAUGGUGAUCGAUACUAUUAUUUAUGGACAUAUGGGCCGACCGCAGUAUUUACGAUCCUCACAGCUGGCUGGAUGCAGGCUGAAUACCGCGCCACACAGCUCAUGCCGUGGAUUUUGAUGCACCGGGGCCCAACACCAGCUUCGCAGAGUAUCUUCCUCGACUACAUGUCGAAAUGGAACGUUCUAUCGCUAUAUCAAUCCCUCAAGCAGAAGCACUUUCUGGUAUCUCUAUGUGUGGCAGGCUCGCUGCUUCUUAACGGCGUGACGGUGUUUUCGACAGGUCUUUUUGAACUCGACCCAGUGCCCAUCACUCGUCCCUCGAGUCUAACCAUCCUCAAAAUGUUCAACGGGUCCAAUUAUUGGCCGACUGUUUAUGACUCCCGGUCAUACGCCGCCUGUUCAGCAUUUGCUGCCCGCAAUUUAACCCGUCCAUUCGGUCUCCACGAACCCUACAUCUACACACCCUUCCAACCCGCCAGCUCAAAUACGACGGAGAAAAAUACCAUCCCAAUAGGCCCGAGAUAUCAGGCAGAUAUAGAAGUCAUUGAGCCUUUCCUCGAUUGCGAGAACGGGACCGUGACUUGGGGGACCGGUAACAUAUCAUCACCACACAAUGGUGGUCCAAUGUUGGAAAGAAACACCACAAUAUGGUCAUCCACGGACGGAUGUCGUAGUGCCAUUUAUCCCGACGACAUCGAAUCGAUACUAAACAGGAAGAAUAUCAGCAUAGAGAUCUAUCUACGCUCAUGUGACGGCGAAGACGCCAACUCCUACCUUGUCGGCAACCAUUUGUCUGUCGACUGGACGCUUGAUUGGCGAAUUUGGGCGGCUGUUGUCAACCCGGGUGGCGUUAAGCUCCCGGGAAAGCAAGUACUGCAAUCGGCAUGGAAUGCCCCUCCAUUUCACCUGGUUGUCUGCAAGCCUAGGUAUAAUAUGUAUCGGGGCCCGGUGAAAAUCUGGCGUGAACCCGGACAGAGUGCUAUAUCAGCGGAUAUUCAGCCGCAGCGCUUGGAGGCCACGGAGGGAAUCGCGGGUGCGUCAGCAGAUAAAAUCUUACAUAGUAGCUUCCGGUCCUUGACUCUUAGUGAGCAAGAUGGGGGUGCGGCUAUUUCGGAGGAGGGCUAUCAGUUUAACGGACACAAUGGCACUUCACAAGAGGUGUAUUGGAAUGACAUGGCGGCAUUUACGGAUGCCCUGCGAAGUGAGUUCUCGUGUCUUAUGCGACAGGUCAUGCAGAAUGACCUUCUUCGACCCGAGCCGCACAAUGUUGAGGGAACGGAGCAGCUUAUUGAGGAGCGUUUAUUUGUGCGUCAGUUGUCGUUCUGGCUGAUAGCAGCUCUACUGGUUUGUUUGAUUGCUAUUGCCAUCACCCUUCUUUGCUUCUUUGUCCCGGUUGCUGUAUGCCCGCGCGACACGGGGUCCAUUGGGGGAAUGGCGACUGUCUUUGCCCAGAGCCCAGAGUUCAUGACCUCAUUUAAAGGAUCACAGCUCAAGACAGAGACGCAAAUGGCCGAUACUAGGCUUAGCCAGACACUUUAUACCUCAAGUCACACGGAGGGAACGUUCAGGCUACUACCACAGAAUGAAUCAACGGAGAAACCGGCAUAUGAAGGUAUCCAACCUAGUGAACCUGAGAGCUCUGUGAUAACCUGGUGGUAUCCAUUCUCGACCACAUGGUUCAUUAGGAUUGCCGUGGUUAUCCUUCCCGUCGCCACGAUUAUAGGCCUCGAGGUUGUCUACCACAUCUCCGCUAGUACGCAUGGUAUCACCUUGGUCGAAGGAAAGUCACAAUAUAUUCACUAUAUAUGGACCUAUAUCCCGGCAUUGGUCAUGUUUACCAUUCGUGUCGUGUUCACAUCCGUCGAGUUUGGCGCACGGAUUGUACAACCCUAUGCUCGCCUCCGCGAGGGCUCUGCCCCACCACAAACAACCAUCUUCGAGAACCAGCUUCGCAAAAUUGCCGUCUACGGAGUAUUUGAUAACCUCCGAAAGAAGCAGUGGAUUCUCGCCACAGCCACAACAUCUCUCCUUCUUGCAGCAAUAAACCCAAUUGUGGUAUCCGGUCUUUAUACUGCCAAAGCCUCGUGGCCCACAUCCCCUAUGAAUAUCACGCAGACUACCCGCUGGAAUCUAGGAGACUCCACUCGGGGCGACAAGCUGAAAUAUAGCAAAGUUGUCGACUUUAAUACAGACAAAACGGCCGGCCUCAUCAUCCAUCUCAAUCUAUCCGAUCCACAGUGGACAUACAAAAAUCUUGCCUUCCCGCACUUCGCCCUCUUCGAUACCACCAUCCCCCCAGGCGCAGGCUACAUCGACGCCCGCAUCCCCACCCUUCGCAGCCAGCUCACUUGUACAAAUGCCCCAGUCAACUGUUCCGUUACGAGCAGUGGAUACUUUUGCAUGGCUGACAACCCCUGCUAUACCCAUAACAGCGGAGAAAACCCGUUGGACGACACGACACACUUCCUUCGAGGUACUUACUUCACCCCGGCUAAAAAUGGAUCCUCAAACUGCUCCACCGACAACAUACUAUACGGCACAUAUGGCUCCGGAAUUGCGUCGCCCGAACACUAUUUGCUCAACUGCAAUGCGACAAUAGAAGAAGUAGAGGUCGACACAAGACUUCAGCUUCCAUCCUUCUCCAUCGAUGCCGAAGUCCAUCCCCGGGUCGUCCCAAACACAAACAGAACAGUCUUCAACACGACCAUCGGCUCCUUUCCUUCGUUAGGAACGAUCGAUAAUUACCUCUUCAAAUCAAACCCCAAUGUCAGAAACAUAUUACUAAGCGCUCUGACCGAUGGCGCCCACGGCGUCCCCGCCGAAGAACUCCUCGACCCGACUGUCCUGGCAGCGCGCCUCAAUACAGUUUGGGGCAUCAUCAUGGCGCAAUUAUUCAAUUCGAAUGGGCGGGAAUCUUUCGACGACCCGCUGGACACUACUUGGUUCGUUGAGCCUGCUACCAGCCAUGCACCUGUUUACGAGGGCGUCUUCCAUGAUGGCCGGAAGUAUCUCGUGCAGAAUGAACUUUCCAAGCGCAUCCUGGAUGGCGUUUUGGCCGCCAUGGUGGUUUGUGCACUUGCUGUGCUUUGUAUGAUGCGGACGAAGGAGGUGCUGCCGAAGAGUCCGUGUAGUAUUGCUUCAGCUGCGAGUCUCGUUGCUGAGUCAAGGUUGUUGGAACUUUUGAGGGGCACGGAGUAUUCUGAUGCGGAGUUGAGGAAAAGGGGUUUGUUCGAGGGGCUGUUUUCAAUGGGGUGGUGGGAGGUAGAAAGAGAGACGAGCCAGUCUAAUGUUUCGGCUUCGAAUGGUUCGAGCGUGUCUAGUGUUGGGGAUGAAAGCCAAGAUGAAAGCCCUGGUUCGGCAGUGGAGAGUGAUGAUGCUGAUGAACGGGUUGAUGAUGGGCGGACAAACCAAAAUGGAGGGCAUGGUUCGGCCGUGGACACUGGUGAUGUUCAUGAACGGCUUGAUGAUAGAGAGACCAGAUUUGGGAUUGAUAUUGAUGGGAAUACGCCGUUGUUACGUGAUAUGUCAUGA